AUGACAGCAAACAGAGACUUGCCUGAUAUAACUGUUGCUGGGUUUGGGUCGGCUCAAAGGCAUAGGGUAAUGUUGGGUUUGACGGAAGCCGAGGCAGCCGCAGUGGCAACAUUCGGCAACACUGGUUCGCCGCUGCUGCCUUUCAAAAACGGGGACACUCUUCUAUCCAUUGACGCUGGGGGCGGCACCACUGACCUUGCGCUUGUGAGGACUACCAAGACGAAACCACCGGCCAUGGAACAGAUUCAAUCUGUGACAGGAAUUGGUGUCGGCUCCAGGUUGAUUGACUUGGAGUUUCAGCGGUUGAUUGAUAUUCGGCUCAAGGCUCACCCAGAAGAACAGUCGAAGCUUCCGCUCAACAAGCUUUUGUCACUAUCGCAGAGUCGCGACUAUCGAACGGCGAAGCACAAGUUUGGAGAGCCAGCUUAUGACAGAGAUUACAAGAUUGGGGUUCCUGGCUUAGACCCAAGCAUUCGCAGUGAGGGUCUAAACAUAGAGGGUGGCGCUAUGAAGUUCACGAAGGAGGAGUUUCGGGGGCUAUUCGAUGACCAAGUCGCCAGAAUACUGCGUACAUUAGAUGAAGUUGUGGGCGGGGUCAAGGAGCCGGUGCGAUACAUCAUCCUUUCAGGGGGCUUAGGUAGCUCCACCUACAUUUUUAACAAAGUCAAAGAGCACAUCGACCGUUCGACUACUAGGGCUUUGCGCAAAGGAGAAACCCAACUCCCAAGGAUUGACGAUCCACAGCUUGUUGUUGUCCGGGGUUUAUUGCUUGAGCAAGCAGAAGGAAUUCUUCGAAAACGCAUUGCACGAGCUAGCUAUGGUCUGGUCACCUCCCUGCCAUAUUCCAAAAAAAAGCACUUCGGUGAGGUCAAGCGUACCGAUGAGUUAAACCGCAAGGACUAUGUUCUUGAUCAGAUUCGUUGGAUACUCAAGAGAGAUACCAUCAUCGACCACGGAAAACAAUUCGAGGUUGAAGUUGAACGACGUGAAGACCUGGAUCACCCUCUCCAGUGGAAAGACAUCAUCGUGGUUUCGUCAAUUGAAGCUCGCUGGCUGCCCCCGAGCAUGCCAACCCCAAUGGCGAAAGCGUUGUAUGAGAUAGAGGUUGACUUGAACCAACUCCGAGGGUCAAUCCCUAAGAAGACGAGGUCCUGGCCUCUUCCAAUAACGAAAUACUACGUGUGCCAGUACAAGAUUCGGUUGUCGGUCGAGCCUUCAGGGAACAUGCAAUUCGAAGUCGAAUACCAAGGCAAGAUCAUUCCUGGGAAUCAUACGCUUCUUCGAAGUAAAAUAGAGUCCGAAUGGGUCGUAGAAUCAGAAGCAAACAAAUGAAAGACGCACUAACAGCGAGACUCGGUGUGAUGAUGCCUGUCAUGGGAUGAUAUCCG